GGCACUUCCGGUCCGCCAUGCUGCAGGCUCGGCGGCUCCGGGGCUGAGGAGACUCUGGUGUUCCGAGUGCUGCACCUGGACCGGCGGCCGGGAUCCGCCAUGGAUGCAGUGACCUAUGAGGAUGUGCAUGUGAACUUCACCCAUGAAGAGUGGGCUUUGCUGGAUCCUUGUCAGAAGAGUCUCUACAAAGAUGUGAUGCUGGAAACCUACUGGAACCUCUCUGCUGUAGGCUACAAAUGGGGAGACGAGAAUAUUGAAGAACAUUGUCAAAGUUCUAGAAGACAUGGAAGGUACGUGAUCUGUCAAUCUGGAUACAAGCCAUGUGAGCGUAAAGGGUAUGGAAAGAAGCAAUGUACCUCUGUCUCUCCCAGAAAAAAUAGGAGAUAUGUAGUAGUGCCCACUAUGAGAAGACAUGGUGAUCGUGAUUCAAGGGCAGAAUUAAUUGAAUUUCCAACUUCACCAGAAAUACAUCAAGAAACUCACAUUGGAAAAGAGCCUUGUGAGUACAAGGAAUGUGGAAAUUCUUCUGUCUGGCCUGGUUCACAUUGCGCACAUAAUGUGACUCACACUAUAGGAAAAUGUGAUGAAUUCAAUCAGUAUGGUAAAACUCUGAGUUCUUCCAGUUCUCUUCAGAGAAGUGAAAAAACUCAUAUGGGAAAAGGAUGUUGUAAAUGUGAACCGUGUACAAAAGGCUUGAACCAUCACAAGUUUCUUCAAACACAUGAAAGAAUCCAUAAUGAAGAGGAAUCCUGUGAAUGUAAACACUGUGACAAAACAUUUACAUCUGGUUGCUCUUUACAAUUACACCAAGGAAUGCAUUUGAAAAUGAAACCCUGUGACUAUAAUCAAGAUGAUAAAGACUUUGCAUGUCAAAGUUAUCUUCAAGUGCCCAGAAUUCAUACUGGGAAGAAACCUUAUGAAUGUCAUCAAUGUGGAAAAGCCUUUGCGCGUCCCAGUGAACUUAAAAUACAUGAAAGAUGUCACACUGGAGAGAAGCCCUAUGAAUGUAGUCAAUGUGGUAAAACAUUUGCAUAUCCUAGUAGUAUGCAAAGGCAUGAAAGAAAUCAUACUGUUGAGAAACCCUUUGAAUGUCACCAGUGUGGUAAAGCCUUUGUACAUAACAGUCAUCUUCAAAGGCAUGAAAGAAGUCAUUCUGGAGGGAAACGCUAUGAAUGUAAUCAGUGUGGUAAAGCCUUUACACAUAAUAGUCACCUUCAAAGGCAUGAAAGAAGUCAUACUGGAGAGAGACCCUAUGAAUGUAAUCAAUGUGGUAUAGCCUUUUCAUCUCGCAGUAAUCUUCUCAGUCAUGAAAGAAGUCACGCUGGAGUGAGACCCUAUGCAUGUAAUCAAUGUGGUAAAGCUUUUGCACGUAAGACUCAUCUUCAGUAUCAUGAAAGAAUACAUACUAGAGAAAAAUCCCAUGAACCUCAUAAAAGAAGUAAAACUUUGCAUACGAAGCAAAGGCGCCGCCGUUUUGGAAAUACCAGUACCAUGGGGUGUCCACCAAAAUCAUCAGCAGUGGUGAAGUGGAACCAGUCAGAGCCUAGGAGAGAAGUUGUGGGAACUGCAGAGGGUGGAGCCAGAGAAGUGACCCAAACCCUUUGGAGAAGCCCUGAAGGUAGUGAGUGGAUCCCAGUCAUUAAUAGUGGAGUUAUUUAUACUGUUGGAGUUUGUUUUUCUGUUUUGCAGAAUGUGACUACCCUGAUUCUUCCCUCCUGUGAGGAGAGCGGGUCGAGUUCGGAAUCCGCUAUGGUGAGCGAGGGGCUGCCGGCCCCACGCGGGGAGGAGCCGCGGGAGCCGGUGUGGGGUCCCGGGGCUGCGGGAACCGGCGUCCGCUCUCGAGUCCUGUGGCCUCAGAAUAACUUCCGGCUGCGGCUGCGGCUGCACUUAACGCGGGCUUGGGUGAACUGUGAUGCAGUGACCUAUGAAGAUGUGCAUGUGAACUUCACUCAGGAAGAGUGGGCUUUGCUGGAUUCUUCCCAGAAGAAUCUCUACAAAGAUGUGAUGUUGGAAACCUAUGAAAACCUCAUCUCUGUAGGCUACAAAUGGGAUGACCAGAAUAGUGAAGAACAUUGUCAAAGUUCUAGAAGACAUGGAAGGUAUAUCAACUGUCAUUCUAGAUAUAAGCCAUGUGAGCAUAAGGGAUAUGGAAAGAAGCAAUGUACCUCUCUCUCUCCCAGAAAAAUUGGAAGAUAUGUAGUAUUUCCCACUAUGAGAAGACAUGGUGAUCGUGAUUUAAGUGUACAAUUAAUUGGAUUUCCAAUUAAUUCAUUGGAAAUAUAUCAACAUACUUACACUGGGGGAAAACCUUAUGAGGACAAGGAAUAUGGAAAUUCUUCAACCUGUCCUGGUUCAAAUUGCACAUGUAAUGUGACUCACACUUCAGGAAAAUGUUUUGAAUGUGAUCAGUGUCGUAAAGCUCUGAAUUUUUCUAGUUCUCUUCAAAGAGGAGAAAUAACUCACAUAGGGAAAGGAUGCUGUAAAUGUGAGCCAUGUACUAAAGACUUGAACCGUCACAGGUAUAUUCAAACAUGUAGAAGAUCUGAUAAUGAAGAGGAACCCUAUGAAUGUAAACAAUGGGAUAAAACAUUUAGAUCUGAUUCCUCUUUACAUUUACAUGAAAGAAUUCCUUUGAAAAUAAAACACUAUGAAUAUAAUCAAGGUGAUAAAGCCUUUGCAUAUCAUAGUUAUCUUCAGAAUGGAUGUCAUCAGUAUGGAAAGGCCUUUCAAUGUCACAAUUACCUUCAAACACAUGAAACAACUCAUACUGGAGAGAAACCCUGUGAAUGUAAUCAAUUUGGCAAAGCCAUUGCAAGUACUGGUGAUUUUUACAGGGAUGAAAGAAUUCAUACGGGCAGGAAACUGUAUCAGUGUAAUCAAUGUGGUAAAGCCUUUGCACAGAAGAGUAAUCUUCUCAGGCAUGAAAGAAGUCAUACUGGAGAGAAACCCUAUGUUUGUUAUCAGUGUGGUAAAGCCUUUGCAGAUAACAGCAGUCUUCACAAGCAUGAAAGAAAUCAUACUGGAGAGAAACCUUAUGAAUGUAAUCAAUGUGGUAAAGCCUUUGCAAAUUCCAGUAAUCUUAAACAACAUGUAAGAAAUCAUACUGGAGAGAAGCCCUAUGAAUGUAAUCAAUGUGGUAAAGCCUUUGCAUAUCCUAGUAGUAUUCAAAGGCAUGAAAGAAGUCAUACUGGAGAGAAGCCCUAUGAAUGUAAUCAAUGUGGUAAAGCCUUUGCACAAAAGAUUAAUCUUCACAAGCAUGAAAGAAGUCAUACUGGAGAGAAACCCUAUGUUUGUAAUCAAUGUGAUAAAGCCUUUGCAGAUAGCAGUACUCUUCAAAAGCAUGUACGAAGUCAUACUGGAGAGAAACCAUAUUUAUGUAAUCUAUGUGGUAAAGCCUUUGCACAGAAAUGUCAUCUUCUCAGUCAUGAAAAAAUUCAUACUGGAGAGAAACCCUAUGAAUGUAAUCAAUGUGGUAAAGCCUUUGCUGAGAAAAGUCAUCUUCACAGGCAUGAAAGAAGUCACACUGGGGAGAAUUCCUAUGAAUGUAGUCAAUGUGGUAAAGCUUUUGCAUAUAACAGUCAUCUUCACAGGCAUGAAAGAAUACAUACUAGAGAAAAAUCCCAUGAACAUAAGAGGUAAAACCUUGUACAUCAGGCAGAGACAAAAUCAUUUUGGAGAUGCCAGUACCAUGGGGUGUCCACCAAGAUCAUCAGCAGUGGUAAAGUGGAACCAGUAAGAGCCUAGAAGAAAAGUUGUGGGAACUGCCAAGGGUGGAGCCAGAGAAGCCCUGAAGAUUGGGAGUGGAUUCCAGUCAUUAGUAGUGGAGUUAUUUAUACUGUUAGAGUUUUUUUUUUCCUUCUUUCAGAUGUUACUGACCUAAUUCAUCCCUUUUGAAGAGAGAAGGUAUUUAACUUAAUUUUGACAAAAUUUUUACAAAAGCCAUAGUUGAAAGACUUUGAACUUUUAAAAGAGAUCUUGGAUUUAUUGUGAGAUUGAAUAUUUUUAAGGAAAUAAUUUUAAUGUGUUUGAAUUUGUAAAGAUUAUAGGACUUUUAUUAAAGUUAUUUAUGU